AUGCCUCAAAUUCAUACUUUAUUAAAUAUAGAUGAAUGUCAAAAACUUAGAAGUAUACCAUCUAAUCGAUAUCCACCUAGCCGAACAGAACUUGAAAACCAGCUUGUUUGUACAAAUCAAGAUCAAGAAAUUGCUAUAGAUAGUUCAUAUGAAGAUGUUUCUAAAAUUAUUUGUAGAUAUACAGAUGAUAUAAAAAAUGCAUUAAUAGUUAUUAACAGCUACUUAUAUAAAGGUGAAUUUAUUGUAUUUGAUCUAGAUAGGCCUGAGGAUGAUCCACUUGCAAUUUGGCUAAGGUUUGAUACUCUAUUAGAUUUGCAAAAAGAGAUAGAAUUAUGA